UGGCCACGUGUGCGCACCAUGGCGGGCGGGCUGGAGCCGCAUCUGGAGGCGCUGCGGCGGGAGCUGCGCGGCCCUGCCGUGCUCUCCGUGCUCGUCGCGCUCAUCGCCGUCGUCAUCACCUUCCUGAUCUGGCGGUUCCUGCAGGGCAGGAGGAGCAGCAGGAAGGCCGUGCUGCUGCUGGGCCUCUGCGACGCGGGCAAGACGCUGCUUUUCGCGCGGCUGCUGUCGGGGCGGUACCGUGACACCCAGACCUCGAUCACCGACAGCUCUGCCGUGUACAGGGUCAGCCAGGACAAGAGCACUAAUGUGACCUUGAUCGACCUUCCAGGCCACGAGAGUCUGAGGCUGCAGUUCUUGGAGAGGUUCAAGGCUGCAGCCAGAGCCAUCGUGUUUGUGGUGGACAGCGUUGCCUUCCAGCGGGAGGUGAAGGACGUGGCAGAGUUCCUGUACCAGGUGCUGGUGGACAGCACCGUGCUCAGGAACGCGCCCGCGCUGCUCAUCGCCUGCAACAAGCAAGAUGUCACAAUGGCAAAAUCGGCAAAACUCAUCCAGCAACAGCUGGAGAAAGAGCUCAAUACCCUGAGGGUGACACGCUCUGCAGCCCCCACCAGCCUGGAUGGUUCAGCCACAGGGGGCCCUGCCCAGCUGGGGAAGAAGGGCAAGGAUUUCGAGUUCUCCCAGCUGCCCAUGAAGGUGGAAUUUGUGGAGUGCAGUGCUCGAGGCUGCAAGGGAGAGGAGGGAGAGGCUGACUUGGAGGCCCUCGAGAAGUGGCUGGUGAAGGUGGCCUGAACAGAGAUGGACAGGGCUGGGGGGCUGAAGGGAAAAAGGUGAUCUGGAGCACUCAAAUCUCAUCUUGAUGUAAAAAGAAGGAACUUCAGCUGGAAGUCAGCACUGUGGUGUCUUCCUCUGCUGCUCGUGGGCUUGGGAGCGACAUGACAAUUGCUGGUGUGAUUCCUCUGAGUGUCCUUUCAUGCUGCAAUGUUUUAUCCUCUCCCCUCUUCCCUUGCCCUCCUCUGGGCUGCUGAACCUCUGAGCUUUUCUUUUUCCUUAAUCUUCAGGCUUUUCAUUUGGUAGUUGCCAGGCAAAUUAGGAAGGAGUGCAGUGGCAGGUGAGUUUUAGAGACUGGAGUGUGCCUGCCAUGGUUUAGACCCCUGUUGUCUCUCUGAGCCACUGACCACUUUAUGGUUGGGGCUGCUGGGCAGCGCUGCACAAGCUCCCUAAUUUGGACAGGCAUUGAGAGAGUAUAAAAAGCUGGUUUCCUCUUUGUGUCUGCCUUCCUGUUAUUCCAAACUGGUGCAGCCCCAUUUCUGUGGGGCUGGAAGAGUGUGCAGUGCCCAAACCAGACAGCCUGCCCUGCUUUACUCUCAGCUCUGUGCCCGUGCCUGGUGAUUUCCUCUCUUGAUCAGCUCCUGGGAGUUUUUUUUUCAGCUGUGGGCUGUGUCCUGAAAGCUUCACUCUGCUUCUACUUCCAGGCUCUCCUCCCACAGCCAGGAACACUCUAAAAGUGGCAGAGCUACAGGGGGUCAUGGCAUGAAAUUGAGAUGGGCACAAUUUCAGAUCCAUGCCUGCAUCUGAGACCUGUUGUGCCAGGCAUUAGAUGUGCAGUCUCCUGCUGCCUCCUGCUCCAGUGGCUGCAGGAACGUCUUGCUUUGUGCAUAAUUAAUUAAUCAGCACUUGUGGCAAAAUGAGAGGGAAGGUCAAGGAGCUGCCAGCAUGUGGGUGUGCUUCCUCCUCCUGACAGAAAUACUCGAGGAAGAGGGGAAAAAAAUGGGAGAUUUUCCCAGUUUGUGUCUCACUGCACAUUGCAGAGUCCUGGUGCAAUGACAUUUUCCCUUUGUUUGUGGAUUCCCCUGUUGUCUUAGGGUUGGGGGGGUGGCUGGCUCCUGGCAGAUGCUUUUUGUAGUUUGUAGCCCCCUUUCCCCUGUGGUUUGAUGCCUCCUUCAUCACUUAACUCAUCUGUUGUGUUCUGGGGUUUUUCCUGCCUCCCUGCAGCAUUGCCAAGUGCUGGGAAGAGCAGGACCAGCCUCCAGCCAAGCUCCGUGCCUGGAAUGAAGCUGGUCCUUGCAUUUCCAGCCUUGGGAACCAUCCGUGCUGGAGGUGGGGGGAGGGUUAUAUUUACCAAACAUGUUAUAUUCUUCUGUUUCCUGCAGGCAGAGUCCUGUUGGAACAUGUUUGUCAUGCUUUGAACUCCUUUAGCUGGAGGUCUUGGGCUGCCUGCUUCAAAUCCAUAAUGCUGAAGUGAUUUUGGGCAAGAAUUGCUGGUUUUUUGGGUGAUUGUUCCUGGAAAGAUGCAGAGGCCAAGCACCAGCCUCAGCUUAAGGGGGGGAAAGUACCAUGAGGCCAUGGUGGGUUUUAAGUUAUUCUUUUUAAAGGUAUUCCUUAAGUAAAUUCUUUUUUGCUUAAAUGUUUGUUCUC